UUCAUUAUAAAUCUACCUAACAUUUUAACGAGAAAUCUUUCAUAUUAGAAUCUUUUACAAUGAAAUUUUAUUCGUUUAUUUUAAUAUUUAUUGUUGUUUUCGUGUUGCAACCAGACAAAAGAGUUCAUUGCGAAACUUAUCGUGCUAUGUAUGAAAAUUAUAUCGAAAGGGUGGUGAGUCACAUUUAUUCACAAAUUAUAUCGUAUCGAAAACAAGAUUCAAAUAAUGAUAUGGAUAUAGACGAAGCUUUCAAACCAAAUUCUAAAAUGUUAAAUUUUAAUCUAAAAUAUUGUUAUACAAUAAAUAUACUCAAUUUAAAGUACAUUCAAAUACUGAAAAAAUUCUUUAAUUUAAUAAAACUUAUCCUCAAUGCAUGCCAAAAAUAUCAUCCAAAAAAUGAAUUAAACAAAUUUACUCUUUGUGUACAAAUGGUUGAAGCAAUUAUAAAAAAUUCAAAGAAUAUGACUGAAAAUUUACACAAUGCUAUGAAGUUUUUAAGCUACAUAGAUAUAAGAUUUUUGUUUUCUCAAGGCUCCGUGGCGCAUCCUAUAUUUGAUAUAAUCGACUUUAUAUAUCAGUACAUCUUAAAUAUAAGUUCGGAAACCAGCUCAUUUGAUCUCAACAAAUCACCUUAUGAAAUGAAACUUGAAAAUUUGAUAAUAUUUCAAGCAGACGUAUCAACAUUAAUGUUCAAUUUUAUUCAUAAUAGUACAUUCAUAGAUACUAUUCUUUUAAAUGAUUUAAAAAAUAUUAAAAUUGCGGAAUUACCUAAUAACUUUAUACCUACAAGAAAUGAAAUAAUUACUAAGUUCUUCAACGAAAUUAUUGAAGUUUGGUACAAAAACUUAGGAUUUGAAGAAUUUCUCAACCCUACAAGAGCAGAAUUCAUACCUCCAAUAGAUCCAGAUACAGUUCAAAAUGAUGGAAUUGAAGCUCUUAAUAUUAUUCGUAAGGAAUCUGGUUGGAAUAAAAUGGACCACAUAAGUAUUGUUUAUAUUGGUAAAAAAUUCAGUGUAGAUCAAAUAAUAAAUGAGGAAGUUACUAAAAUAAAUUUUCGAAUAAAAAAAGAACAUGUAUCACAAUUAUUAAGAUGCAGAUUCACAGAAAUAAUGAAAAACUAUCAUACAUUAUUAUCUGCUAUGUUAUAUAUAUGCAAUAAAGAUACAAGCAAAUAUAACUAUAAUUGUUUGGUUCAAUUAUUUAGCUCAUUCGUUAAAUCAAAAAAAAUGCUGGAAGAUUUGUAUGAAGCUUUAGUUACUUUAAACAAAUCAUCAAUAUUGAGUGUUAUAUAUUUCUCUAAAUCAAAUUUAGAGAGAGUUUUUAUGUAUGUUACAGAUUUUCUCACUGUAUUAGAAAACAAUGAUUUUUCUCUAAAAAAUAUUGAUGAUAAUAAAAUGGAAAUAGUCGAACAACUUCUAAAAAUUUUUAAAGACAAUUUUACAUCAUUUAGUUCUCAUUUAUCGAGUGAUAUGAAAAUAUAUGAUACCCUGUGUCAUAUAAAUGACAAAUUUAAAAAUGUUCACCAUUAUAUAAACUAUUUUAAAAAUAUGGGAAAUAUAUCAACUGAUUUAGAUCCUCAGUUUUCAAUACAAAUUAUGCUAAACGCCUGUAAUUUUUUUGACAGUUUUUGUGAAAAUGUUAGCAAAUCUUGUUAUGAAGAUCUAGGUUUUGAAAAACUUUCACACUGCAAAAACAAAGAAUUAGACAGCAGACUUCUUUAGUUUAUGUCUAAUUCACUAGGAUCUCAACUUCAUAUUGAUCUUUGACUUGAUGUUUGAUUUACUUCCAGACAUAAAUAUUUUGUUCCAAGAAUAUUUUAUUAAUAUACUAUUAAUACUAUAUAAUUUUAUUGAGCAAUAUAAUCUUCAGUAAUUGUA